UUUAUUUUCAUUCCCAUCAGUGUUGUGUGCGGCGGACAUUCGCGUUCGCCAUUUUGUUCCAGUGAGGAGUAAAUCGCUUUUUAUUACUGCCAUGCAUUGAUUGCGCAGCUUAAGCGACCCUCGUGUCGACAUUGUGUACAGCCGCAUAGUUGUAGUUUGCCUUUUUAAUAUUCAAUUAUGGAAGAAGACGUGUGCGAAGAGUACAAGUCGUCGCUGCUGGAUCUCACAUGCAACAGCAAGCCGCUCAUCAAUAUGCUCACGAUGUUGGCCGAAGAAAACGUCCAGCAAGCUCCAAGGAUAGUGCGAAGCAUCGAAGAGCACUUGCAGAAGGUUCCCAUAGAAAUGAAGCUGCCAGUACUAUACCUAAUUGAUUCCAUUAUGAAGAAUGUUGGAGGUGACUAUCGUGCAUUGUUUACACAAAACAUCGUUUCCAACUUCUGCAACGUUUUUGAAAAGGGGGACGAGCGAAUGCGCAUGCAGCUCUUCAAAUUGCGCCAAACCUGGGUGGACAUUUUCCCAAACAAGAAGCUGUUUGCCCUUGACACUCGAGUGAAGCAGAUGGACCCAGCAUGGCCAGUCAUAGCAAAGGAACCGCAGCAAACAUCGAUACAUGUCAACCCCAAGUUUCUUGAAGCCAAAACGAAAGGACAAGAGCAGGAGACACUGGAACAGCAAGCAGCUAAGCUUGCUAGUUUAAAUGCACUUAACAAAGCAACUACUGAAAAGAUCCUAAAUGUUGGUGUGCCUUCGACAGAAGGGGAACAAGUUCAGAGGUUGCUUCUGCAGAAGCAACAGGAGUUCAUUUUCCUGCAAAGGCAAAAGCUUCAACUUGAGUUGCAAAUGCAGCAACAGCAACUGAGACAAAAGCAAGAAGCUGAGAUAAGACUGGCUCUUCAGACUGGCUUUGAACAACUCCUGAAAAGUCUCAGGCCACCUUCUAAUGCUGCGACAACGCGUGCACCUACGCCUGUUCCAGUUCCAGCCAGUGUGGCUGUGCGUCCACAGAUGCCACGACCGUCGGUGCCUGUUGCAGCACGUGACCCAAGGUUACAGCAGCGCCUUGUGCCAUCAAUCGACACUAACCGACCACCACCUGUUUCAUCAGCAGCAGCAGUACAUUCUGCACAACUAGGGUCUGUCGUUGUUGCUCCAUCUCAGGGUACUGCUUCAAAUACCACAUCCUGCACGCCAGCAACUGUGUCAGUGCAGGCAUCUCCCGAGAAACAUGGAAACAACAGGCUAUCAGCCCGGGAGAAGCACGCAGCCAUCAAGUCUCCGCCCAGAAAGUUCCGCAUUCCAAAGACAAGCGACCGAAAGAAAGAUGAAGAGGAUGCCAGCAAAAACGGUGAAACUGAGCAGUCUUCUCCGACAAAGACGUCGCCAAACAAGUCUCGCAAGAGCACUGAGGACAAGGAUGAACGACAACAGCACAGCAGGACUGGCAGUGUAGGAAAAUCAUCGUCAUCGUCAUCUUCAUCAAGUUCCUCAUCUCAGGGCAGGGGAGGGAAGAAAGCUCGUGGGAAGAAUGGCAAGGGCAAAAGUGAAGAAAAUGUGAGGCCUAAUGGUGAUGUCGAAAUGAUGGAUGUGCUGCCUUCAGGCGAUGUGGACAUGCGUGUUCAGGUGGAAAAGAAACGCGACUCUGGAGACACAACUCAGGAGACUCCACUGCACAAGAGGCAAAGAGGUCAUGCAGAGGAAGGCCUCACAGACUUUGACUAUCGCAAGCUGCCUGAUCGUCCAGGAGGCAUUCCAAAUGCCUCCCAGCGUGGGUGGGCACAGUACAAAGCCAAGCAUCCAGAUGAAUUCAAAAGCCCGCUUCGACCUGCUCGAGAAAAUAUGGACGUCAGGGAUGAGGACCUACGACAAAUGCAGGAUUCUGUGGGAAGGGGUGGCUACCAUGGCCGUGGACCCAUGCAAACAUGUGUGGACCGUUUUGGCAGACCUGUGCUUCGGAAGCUCAUGUCUGACCCAAGGUUUCGCAGCCAUGUGGGCCAGUUGGGCAACAGCGACAUGAGCCUUCAGCAGCAGCAGCAGAUGUAUGAGAUGCUGGCUGACCCCGACAUAUUCCUGCAACAGACUGAAGAGCAAAUGCGGGCAGGACGUCUCAAUCCCGACUUGCAUCGGGAGCUCAAGGCAGAGCUGGAGAAGAUCUCCCAGUUUCGAAAGUCGCAGCCGCAGUCACCCAUCGUGCCUCUUAAUUGGCAAGGGGGACCUCCUGGGCCAGGGUUCCCAGCCUGGAACCAACCUUCGUUUGGGGGCAUGAAUAAAGUUGUCCAAGACCUGCCUCCUUUGUCAGAGCCUGCUCCAGCUGUGGGCACCAUUAGAGUUGACACCAAAAUGCGCAAAGUUCAGUUUGUGGAUGAUGUCGCUGUGGUGCUCAUGGAUGGCAGCGAGACAAGACAGAUCAUGUUUAAGGGACCGUCAAAGCGUGUCUUCAUUGACGACAUGGAACCUGUCAGUUUGCUAUUUGAUGGCAUAGCACAUGAAUUUGUUUCAAAACGGACUGGAAAGAAGCGCACAAUCAAGUUUGGAGCACCACUGCGGGAAAUCUUCCUGGACGGUGUCCCAUAUAGUGCACAGUUCGACAACAGUCCAAUUGCGAUCAAAACAGCCGAUGGUGAGGUGCAUGUGAUCAGGCUAGAACCACCACCUCCAACCGUGGACAUUGAGAAACGACCAUCGGAGCACAUACUCCGCGCCCUCAACCUACAUCCCGAAAAGCUGGCCGAUACCGAUUCGGACUUGCGCACCCUCCCGCCUGAAGUGAAGCCUCCAGCUACCGAGAGUGAAAACAGUAUGGACGUCGAUAUGCGACUGCCUACAGCUGAAGCAGCAAAAGACGUGGACCUCAGGAAACGGGGUGACAUCGAUGAAAGUAGUGCAUCGUGGAAUAGUCCACAACAGGCAGGGGGUGGUUGGGGGCAGUCACGGCCUCAGCAGCCGCCCGAAGGCAGUUUUCAGCAGAGCAAAGAGAGUGGCGGCUGGGUUAGGUAUGGCAGUGCGGCUGAAGAGCGUGCAGCUGCCAGUAAUAACUGGACACAACAGCCGCCCCUCGGUCAGCCACAACAGGAUCCAAAUAUUCGUCAGCCUUGGCCCCCAGGGCCUGGAGAGUGGAACAACUUUGGGAACGAUUUCAUGGCAGGUCGUGGCAUGCCAGGAGUGGGCCCAGGUAGGAGGGGCAAUCAGCCAGGCUUUGGUGGCAAGGAGUACCCCUCUUACUUCAGGGAGGACUUUCCUCAGCCUCCGAUGCAUCCUCAUCACGUCGGGGUUGGUGAAGUUCGACCAGGCUUCCUGCAGCCACAGUUCCCGCCAUGCAGGCCACCUUUUACUGCUGGGGAUCCAGGCCUUCCUCCAAUGGGGACACCUCGACUUGGUGGACCCCCGCCACCCCCUCAGGCCCUUCUUGCAUCGAGCUUAGCUCCUCCUCCUCCACUUGCACCACCCUCCAUGACGGUGACCAGGCCACACCUAGUGGGGCCUGAGACAGCAGCUCGAGGGCAGCCUGUAUUCAUGGUUGCAGCAGGCCAGCCGCAGCCAAUGCAACAACCCCUACAGCCGCCACUUCAGCAGCCAAUGCAGCAACCAAUGCAGCAGCCAAUGCAGCAACCAGUGCAGCAACCCAUGCAGCAGCCAAUGCAGCAGCCAAUGCAGCAGCCAAUGCAGCAGCCAAUGCAGCAGCCAAUGCAGCAACCGGUACAGCAGCCGAUGCAGCAGCCGAUGCAACAGCCGAUGCAACAGCCCCUUCAGCAACCUAUUCAACAAACUCUGACAAAGCCGCCUGCCUUGCAGACGACAGUGCAACCGCCAACUAUGUCACAGAUGCCAGCAGUCACUCUGCCAAGCCCCUUUCCGGCAGUGCAGGUGGAUGGCCACGCGGCCCAGCAGUCGCCAUCACAAGAUCCAACUGCUGCUCCACCGCAACCAUCGGCUUUGGAUGUGAACGUGGGCGAACUCUUCUCCAAGCUGGUUGCUGCAGGCAUCCUCAAGCAAAGUACGGGCAAUGGGAAUGCAGCAGCGAGCCAGUCUGCAGAGCAGUACCAACCAAUGGCAACGGGUGGCCACUUGCAGAAGAAGAAAAGGAGGAGGGCACGAGGAGAGCACGCUAGACAGGAGCCGAAGAAACCUAUCGAAGGCAUCCCGCUGCUCAAUUUCUCCAGGACAGACCAACUGAAGAUCAAGCAUCAGAGUGUGAUCAAUGCCCUGCAUGUGGGCACCCAGUGUGCCUCCUGUGGCCUGCGCUUCACGGAUGAGAAGUGCGAGAAGUAUCGGCAGCACCUGGACUGGCACUUCAGGGCCAAUCGCAGGGACAAGGAUGGCGCCCGAAAGGCCUUCUCCCGCAAGUGGUUCUACGAGGUGGAGGAUUGGAUUCAGUUUGAAGAGAUAGAAGAUCUGGAAGAAAGAGCGAGGAGCUUCUUUGAGCAGCAAGCCACUGUGGAACAGGACCAGAGCAGCAACUCGCCCAUGGCAAUCAAGAGUGUCCCUGCUUCCGGCGAUGAGACUGGCAAUACGUGUGCUGUCUGUGAAGAGGCUUUCCAGCUUUUUUGGGCGGAAGAGGAGGAGCAGUGGCACUUCAGGGAUGCCAUUCGCAUCGAGAAUAAAGUGUACCACCCAGCCUGCUAUGAAGACUUCAAAAGGGCGGCAGAAGCACCUAGUCCUGUCAAAAUGGAGACUGAAGAAGCUCAGCCGGAAGCUGCCUCUCAAGAAGAAGAUAAGGCCAUGGAUGUCGACCCCAGCGCCAAGGAAGAAGCUGCCAGCGAAGCGACGGCUGAUGAGAAGCCCAUCGACCAGAGUGGCUCAGAUGAAAAGCCGCCCGAGGAAAUGGCAGUAGACGAAGCUGCUGCCGUAGCACAGGAGGGUUCUGAGGGUAACGAGGUUACUUGUGAUAAGGGGGGAUUGCCAAUAAAAGAUGACAAUGCUAGUGGCGAUAUGCAGGACGAUCCCGUAGUGGUAGUCGAUAAUCUUGGGGAGUUUGGGGUGUCUCUGAGUGAUGCUGAACAGAACAAUGACGAAGAGGAGCGCCCGCCUGAGACAGUCGAGCCAAAGGUUGUGGUCAAAAGCACUGGGGGCAUUGUGAUGAAAGUGAAAGCAGAGAGCAUUCAGGCACCAAUCUCUCCCGUGUCUCACUCAACGACUGCUGACGUGUCUGACACUGCCGAGGGCGGUGGCAGCAACGAGCCGGCACCUGCACCCGACGAGUCAACAAGUGACGAUGAAGAGUUCCGCCCACCCACUCCUGAUCCACGUUUUCAGUCACUGCCGCCAGUGCAAAGGGGGAAUGAGUUAUCAGGGCUUUGCUGCAUUAUGUGACAGGGUUGCUGCUACUGCCAGGAGCUCAUGUUUCAUUUGGUUGGCCUGAUUGCACACACAUGAGUUCAUCAACAAGUAUGCAGCUCAUUUGUAGGUUUACACUAGUCCCCUUUUUAAUGACUGGGCAGUGCUUUCACUACAGCAUUAACAUAAUCAUGUACAUGAAAGGCCUUUUUUUUAGGUAAGUUCAUAGGUUAUUGAAAAUGAGUACAGAAUGCUGCAUUUAUGUACAGCAAGAAAAUUGUUUUAUUAAGAGCAGCAGUCAUUAACUUUUAUUUCUAAAUUGGCAUAUGCAAGUGAAGAUGCUGUACAUUGAUACUUCUUGGUGUGUAACCCACUAAGGUGUCAAAACUGACUCGGGUAUAGGACAAAUGGAACUUUGUACAGACCCAGACUGCCUUUGUAUAUAGAAUUCUUGUAAAUAAGUAAAAAUUUUUAUUUUCGUGUACAGAAGUGUACAAUAAAAACGAGUCACCUUUCUUCAAUGCUUGUUGGGUUGCCUUCUGUUAACGUUUUCUUUUUUUUUCUACUAUUCGUAUUGGCAAGAUGUGCUGCAUGUAUUACAUAAGCUACUAAUAAAUCGGCGUUGUUUGGGA